GACUAACCCUAAAAUACAUGUCCCGAUGUGCAGCUGCUCUUUUUCCCUUUCUUUCUCGGCUCUACCCUCGACCCGUUUUCUAUUUGUCCCCCAACUCAUCUCUUAUCCUCCUUCGAGCUCAGACGACUGUCUUGUCCUCUCUCACUUGCAUUCUCGAAGAUGAAUAGGGAGAGACUUAUGAAGAUGGCUGGUGCCGUUCGCACUGGUGGGAAGGGCAGCAUGAGAAGAAAGAAGAAGGCCGUACACAAGACUACCACUACGGAUGAUAAAAGGCUUCAGAGUACACUGAAGAGAAUAGGAGUGAAUGCUAUUCCUGCAAUAGAGGAGGUCAACAUAUUUAAGGAUGACACAGUUAUUCAGUUUGUGAACCCCAAAGUUCAAGCAUCAAUUGCUGCCAAUACAUGGGUUGUUAGCGGCUCUCCGCAGACUAAGAAAUUGCAAGAUAUUCUCCCUCAAGUACUAAGCCAUUUGGGUCCUGAUAAUUUGGACAACUUGAAGAAGUUGGCGGAGCAGAUCCAGAAGCAGGUACCUAGUGAUGGUGUUCCAGCAACUGCAGCACAAGAGGAUGAUGAUGAGGUCCCCGAGCUUGUAGCUGGGGAGACUUUUGAAGCUGCUGCAGAGGAGGGUAACGCUAACCCUGCUUCUUAGGAAAUAUAGACAGGGAGUUUGUGCUAUUUUAUAAUACACUUUCUCCUUUUCUCUUUCCUUUUGUUUUUUUUUUUGUCAAGUUCUUGCUUUUGUAGGUUAUAACUCAGAUCAUUCAUCUUAUCUUCUAGAGAUACUGGAUGGUUGUUCAGAUCCACUUUAUACUUCCUGAGCAAUUUCUGAUUGGUUGUCAGUAUUUUACCAUUUUAAUUGCAAUUUUUAAGUAGUUGUAGACCUCAAA